UCAGCACGCCACGCGCCUGCUGCGCGCGCUGAGCUCGUUCCGGGAGGAGUCCCGCUUCUGCGACGCGCACCUGGUCCUCGACGGGGAGGAGAUCCCGGUGCAGAAGAAUAUCCUGGCUGCAGCCAGCCCGUACAUCAGGAAUUAGGCUGAAGGAAGAAGGAAGAGCUAACAAGUUUUGAGCCCAGCUGCCUGUGAAGAAUGGGGAAGACUACGAUCUGUCUCUGAGGCAUCCAGUUCAAGGAGUUCCAUUUUGCCUUGGAAAAGGCAGACCUUCAUUCUGACUCUAUGAGAAGAGGGAACAGAAAGUGAGGAGAAAUACGGACCUACUUCUGUGGACAAAGUUAAACUAUAAUCCUCCAAAAGAUGAUGGAUCAACCUAUAAGAUUGAACUUGAAGGGAUAUCGGUAAUGGUUAUGAGAGAGAUCCUGGAUUACAUCUUCAGUGGGCAGAUCCGGCUGAACGAGGACACCAUCCAGGACGUGGUGCAGGCGGCGGACCUGCUGCUGCUGACGGACCUCAAGGCGCUGUGCUGCGAGUUCCUGGAGGGCUGCAUCGCCGCCGAGAACUGCAUCGGCAUCCGCGACUUCGCGCUCCACUACUGCCUGCACCACGUGCAUUACCUGGCCACCGAGUACCUGGAGACCCACUUCCGGGACGUCAGCAGCACCGAGGAGUUCCUCGAGCUGAGUCCACAGAAGCUGAAGGAGGUGAUUUCUCUCGAGAAGUUAAACGUCGGCAACGAAAGAUACGUGUUUGAAGCGGUCAUCCGAUGGAUAGCGCACGAUACAGAAAUAAGGAAGGUCCACAUGAAGGAUGUCAUGUCAGCACUGUGGGUUUCAGGGUUGGACUCGAGCUACUUACGGGAGCAGAUGCUCAACGAGCCGUUGGUCCGCGAGAUCGUCAAGGAAUGCAGCAACAUCCCCCUCAGCCAGCCACAGCAGGGGGAGGCCAUGCUGGCCAGCUUCAAGCCCCGCGGCUACUCGGAGUGCAUCGUGACCGUGGGUGGAGAGGAGAGAGUUUCGCGGAAGCCAACGGCAGCGAUGCGAUGUAUGUGCCCCCUUUACGACCCCAAUCGGCAGCUGUGGAUCGAACUGGCCCCUCUAAGCAUGCCCAGAAUCAACCACGGGGUCCUCUCAGCAGAAGGGUUUUUGUUUGUAUUUGGGGGCCAAGAUGAAAACAAGCAGACCCUGAGCUCAGGAGAAAAGUAUGACCCAGAUGCAAAUAUGUGGACCGCAUUACCACCGAUGAACGAGGCAAGACAUAAUUUUGGAAUUGUGGAGAUAGAUGGCAUGCUGUACGUUCUAGGAGGAGAAGAUGGAGAAAAAGAGCUAAUUUCCAUGGAAUGUUACGAUAUUUAUUCUAAAACCUGGACAAAGCAACCUGAUUUGACCAUGGUUAGAAAGAUUGGCUGCUAUGCAGCUAUGAAAAAGAAAAUCUAUGCCAUGGGUGGAGGAUCCUAUGGGAAGCUCUUCGAGUCUGUGGAAUGCUAUGACCCCCGGACCCAGCAGUGGACCGCCAUCUGCCCCCUGAAAGAGAGGAGGUUUGGCGCGGUGGCCUGUGGAGUCGCCAUGGAACUGUAUGUGUUCGGGGGUGUCAGAAGUCGCGAGGACAUCCAGGGGGGCGAGAUGGUGACUUGCAAGUCGGAGUUCUACCACGAUGAGUUUAAAAGGUGGAUCUAUCUUAACGACCAGAAUCUGUGCAUCCCGGCCAGUUCCUCUUUCGUGUACGGAGCCGUCCCCAUAGGCGCCAGUAUCUACGUCAUCGGAGAUCUCGAUACAGGCACCAACUAUGACUACGUGCGCGAGUUCAAAAGGAGUACGGGAACCUGGCAGCACACCAAGCCCCUGCUGCCCUCCGACCUGCGCCGCACGGGCUGCGCGGCCCUGCGCAUCGCCAACUGCAAGCUCUUCCGCCUGCAGCUGCAGCAGGGCCUCUUCCGCAUCCGCGUGCACUCGCCGUGACGCGUGGCCGCGGGACGCGCAGCUGCUGACCUCGCGCCGGCCUCCGUGCGGUAACGCGGGUGGUUUUCUAAUGCUUUGAAGCCUGGGCUUCAGCUCUUGUUCCGAAGAAAUCGUAAACUGCUGGAAAAAAAAAACUACCGAGCGGGGGGAAUCCUUUUCUCCCGUAGGUGUGUCCCUAGACCAACCGGGGCUAGUCGGUGUCCGAGGAAAAGGGAAGUGGGAAUCCUGUCGUGUAAAAUAUGGAAGUUAAAGCCCUAAGGUGCAUUUUCCCCGAGGGGAUCUCCUGUCUGACUGACCGGUGUGUUCAAGUACCUGGCUUUGGGGGAAAAAAAAAAUCCGUAUAUGCAAAUCAACAUAUCCAAACAUACCGGAAUUGCUUUUCCACUGCACUUGGAAGGAGAUAUUAUGCCUAACUCUGCCCAACCAUUAAGGGUUUGUGCCUAAAAAUGUUAGUUUGGACUCAAUGCCAGUUAGUCUCCACUUAACUACUAGUUCUCCAUCCUAAGAAUCUUUUUUGAACUAAAUUAUGAUGAAUCAAAAAACUAAGAUAAAAUUUCUCUUGUAUGACAUUCUAUCUUAGUAAUCUAAAGGGUCAGUAAAUUAAGGAGUCAGGUGGCAGCCCUCCUGUGACUUUAAAGGAAGUUGUAACUUCUGUGUGAUUUCAGAUGAAGAUGCGUCAUGCUGUCAUGUCUGGGGUUGAGAAGGAUCUCCUGCAGUGCCAUUCUUCCUUUUCAACUAAGCAGAACCAUUUUAUAAAUCUGAGGACAUUAGUAAGUAGGAGAUUUUAUAAAAGAAGGACCCGAGUCGGACAAAUAAUAAAGGUCUGCUAUGACCAAAAAGAAAAAAAAAGGUCCAGAGAAAACAUAGGGAUCAAAAACUUACAAAAAAAAAAAAAAAACCUGCCUGAAAGCACACAGUCUUGUUUACUACUGUCUAGGGUUUGAAAAUGUCUUAGAAUGCGAAUCCAUGGUAAGAAGCCUUUGUAGCAGAAUUUUCUCAAUGCCGUUCACUAGUACAAGUUUCUGACAAAUUACAUAACAAGUAAAGUUUGGCUGGUAGAAUAAACUACCUCAACUUAAUUUCAUUCUGUUCAUAGUAGAGCAAAUUAAUCCUUUCCUCCUUUCCUCUCUCUCCAUGUCAACCCACAUUGACCCCACUUCCCGUGGGGGAAAAAAGUCUAGUCAUUCUUGGCACUUAACCUUGUAAGAUACUUUUGUUUUCCAUUUGAAUUAUGCCACUUUCAUGUGAAACCAGGGACUUCAAAGUGACUUUAUCAUUUGAAAUUUAUGCAAUAUCAGAUUUCUAAUCAAUAUAGAGGUCUUUAUUUCUAAUUGUUUUCUACAGCUUUUUUUUCCCCUCCCUCUUAGUAUGUGGCUAUAAGAAGCAGCAUUUAGUCUUAAAGAUUAACAAAUGUAUCCUUUGGUUAUAAAUUUGAGGAUAGGAAUUUCUUCCGGAAAUUUCCUGCCUAGAAUGUUUGUAUGCUUUUCACAUGCGUAUGAAACAUCACUUGUGUUCUUCCACCCAGGGGCAGUAGAAGGGGCACCUAUGGGCAGUUUUUUUUCUUCUACUUGUUAGAAGUCAAUCCAGUGCUAGAAAAAGUCGCUGAGCAGCCUUGCUGUGGGGAUUCUGAAGAACGCUGUGUGCGCACAUUCACUCUCCAUCCUGGCAGAAGACGUGGGUCACAGAGGCACGGGGUUUCCAUCUCCUCUCUCAGAGGCACUAGGCCACUCACGUAGCAGAUCUGACCCCUAAGUCAAAGCCAGCCUCUUUGCUUCGUGCCGUGUACCAGUCAGCUGUUGUCUGCACGCUUUCCCCAGGAUGUCUUGGAUGUCUUUUAAUCAAGGCAAACUACAUGGCCACUACAAAGAAAGAAAACUUUCUUUGUACAACUAGAUGUUAAUUUUAUGGGAAAUAAACUGCCGAAAGAGUGGGUUUUCUUUGGUAAAAUGCCCCGUACAGAACAGAACCUUAGCCUUCAGAAGCCACCACUGAGGUACAUUCAAGUGGUAACCGAUGUCCUGGUAAAGCUGUGACAGUCAGCAGUUCUCUUUUCUUUAAUUUCUGAAGUUUAAAGUUCUUUCCAGGCUAUGCCAGGCCUCUCCAAGGAGACAGUUCAUUGUUCAGGAGUGAAUGAGUCCCUGUUGCAAUAUAUCAGUGCCUGCAUGACUUGGUCAAUUCAUUUUAUAAAAGUUUUAUUAUUAUUUAGUUCGUUGACACUGUAGCUGCAAAAGUUAGGUAAUGUUUUCUAAAAGUAAAUUUGCCACAUAAUAUGGGAUGCAAUAACCAACAAAAGCUGCUAAGUGCCAAACUGUUAUUUUAUUAUAUAUAAAUAUAAAAAUAUCACAUUGAAGUUUCAGGAUGUAUUUAAUUUUAUUAUGUUCCAAAAUGAAUCAUGACUUUCCUGUAAAUCACGGUUACAUCAGUAUUGUGAAGUAAAUUUGAACUCAUUUCACACAGGUUUGUGUUUUAACCAUCCACUUAUGCCUUGAAACAUCCUUUCUUGGUAAAUUUUGAUACUUCUUUUAACAGAAGGCACUUUUACCAGGUGUAUGUUGAAAUUAGCGGCUAAAGAUAGAUCUUAAAAUUUUAAAUACCAUAUCUUGGGGGGAAGUGCAAUUUAUUUUCAUUAUCCAAGUUGUCUCAGGUUAGAGUAAGUGAAUAUUGAAAGGAUUUCUUCUAGGCUACAGUCUAAAGUAGGUUUGUUUGUUUCUUUGUUUAAUACAUCCAAACAUAGUUGUUGUUGUUGUUGUUUUUCAAAGAUUUAAGUGUUUAAUUUAAAAUGAAGUUAAAAAAUUUUUUUUGAUAGUGCUUAUAUCCUGUGAGAGAUAAAAGUGUGUAUGUGUGUGUGUGAGGGGGAGAGAGAGAGUGUGUGUGUGUGAUGUGAUUUGGUAUGUCUGUUUAUAUAUGUUUACUUUUGGAAUUGUCAUUCCAAACUACAUAUAUUAUUGUCUCCUGGUGCUUCAGAGAAAUUCUUGAGCCUCUGGCCCUUCAGCUUAUACUACUGUGUUAAACUCAUGUUGAGUGAAUAUAUUGAUGUAUUUGUAGUUUGUAGUAAGUUUUACUUGCCAUUUGCAUUUCUUUUUUUUAGCAUAGUAAAAACAGUGCUGACCAACUCAUAGUUGGUAUACUGUAAAAAUUUGGCCUAAGAAAUUUCUAAAUUCAUCGUUCCUUUCACUAAUCCACUCUUUGAUCGCCGUCAGGAGUUGAUAGUUAACAGUAGGCUUUUUUCAAACUGUGCAGCAACCAAAAAGGAAUAUUGGGGGAUGUUGGACAGUAUACUGUUUGUCUUGAAGUAUUGUCUCACCUUGCACUACCACUUUAGUGAUGGCACUUUCUUCAGUGACACUUUGGAAGUGCCAUUUUGUCCUUUAUGAGCGGGGAGUUCCCUGGGCGAUGCACCGGAGAUGCAUCCUUUGUAUUGACGGGUAAAGACAGGGCUCCUUUGCUGCAGCACUGCAGUUACUCAGGGUAGCAGGUUAGGGCUCUAGACAAAUGUGUCAGCUGCCUUGGUCCAUUGGCUUUCUGCCUGGUGCAUUCUUACUACAGUGUGUCAGACCAGGGAUCCCCAAAAAUUUUCCAAGGAGCUCUAAAAACACUACAGUAUUACCUUCUAGAAUGUUGGCUCUCUUGAUUCAAGAGGAGGCUGCCUGUGGUCAGAUGAAGACAUGCAACUGUCCAGGGAAAGAAUGAGGUGGCACUUCGACUGCAUCAACUUUGAAGGUGCUGGAACCCCCUCACAGAGCACCCAGUGGAAGGGAAGGGAAGGGUGAGGCUGCUUGGAUUCAGGGGCUGCCCUUUGUGCUCUGAGAGAAGUGAUCCCGCUUGGCACAGAAAAGCCCACCCUGGGUUUAAUCACCAGUGUUGAUUGAGCUCCUAUUCAGAAUUCUGCUUGGGCUUCUGAGGAGCAUCACAGCGAGGCAGGUGAAAUACGGCCCUCCCUCUAGACUGUAAACUCCUCGUGGGAGGGACCCUGCCUUAGUGUUCUGCUAAUCCCAGUGCUCGGCACACAGUAGGUAGUCAUUUAUUAUGACCAAUGAAUAUAGUGUCCUUGUGAUCCAAGUGACAUUCUUCACAGGAUUGAAAGUGACUUGCUUUUAAGUGAGAUUUUUAAAUGAGAAGCUUUGUAUACAGAUGGGCCGGCCUCCUAACAUAGAGCCGGAAACCUGUAGAGAAUAAAAAAAGCAAAGUGCCUGACCUGUAUUGUGCACAGCUCUGUGGUCUGUUUGUGCCAUAGGAUUUUUGAGACCCUAUCCUCAGAAUUUAAUAAUGUCUAUCACAUUUAAUUUUUUUUUUCACUGUUUUUUAUUUGGGGCUCAGAAUCUUCCCAGAACAUACUCUUUGACCCUGACUUGCCUGUAAUAGGUGCACUGCUCUCUGGCGGACAGAAAGCCUCCCGUAGAUACAGCUUCAUUCCCCACUUCAGAUGUGAAUGGAAACCAAAUUUGGGAUCCAGUCUUUGGACUAGCAUUUCACUGUUCAGCCCAUUAGAAUAUCACUUAAUAUUAUAGGCAGGCAAGUAUUUAAGUGUAACUUAAACUCCCAAACAUAUCCUUUACAAGUUACACAAAUAUAAACUAAAAGAUCUUUGGUUUUCUUUGUCAGUUAGCUGUGGGAAAUUUAAGAAUUUACUAAAGUCGUAGGAGCAGAGGUAAUAAGUAUUUGCGUUUGAGAGAAAAGCUGAUUUUACUUUGAAAAGCUGAAGCUUCACUUACCCUUUGCUUUCUUACCACAUUUAAGGGAAAAGAUACUGUGUCUUAGAAUGUUGAGGAAAGCAUUUUUCUAGUUUUCUAGCAAUCCAUGAAGUAUUCUUUGGGGCUGGUUCAGAAAUGAUAGAAGUUUACGCUACGAGGGUGAGGAGUGUGGCGCGCUUGUUGACGUCUGAGGAGAACGUGAGCGCAGGUGAGCCGGCCCUGCCUGUUGCCAGUGAGACUGAGCUGGUGGCUUCGUCUAUUCUUUUUUUUGGUGGGGGGCAGGGCACACCACCUAGUAAAACUUCUAAAUUUUUUGUCUUUUUUUCAGAGGUAAUUCUAUUAUUUUAAUUUUAAACAUGUCUCAACUUUGUCACAUGUAAUAUGUGACAUGUGAGAACCUCACAUGUAACCAUAUCUCCUCUGGUCUGAUUCAUACCCUUUAGGAAAAUUAGUUCUUGCUCAGUUCUACAUUUGAAGUUCUCUAAGUGGAAGGACUUUUAAACUCCUUCCCUUUCUUAUGAAAUUAAAUAUCUAAUUUGUUGUUGAGUCACUAAGUCUUGUC